AUGAAUAAUAUGAAUUCAACAGGCGAUAUUGAAAUACCAACAAUAUCGGUAGCUUAUUUUCAUCGUUUACUUAAACGUUUUGGUGUUGUUUAUAUGGCAAUUGUAAUUAUAUUUGGAAUUAUUGGUAAUUCUAUAUCAUGUUAUGUUUUUGUUCGAAGUAAACUUAAACGUUUAAGUUGUAGUUCCUAUUUGAUUGCUUUAUCUUUAUCUGACAAUGGUUAUCUUAUAUGUUUAUCACUUAUUUGGUUGGAAAAUGUACAUUUAUAUAUAUUUCAUAAUCAUGGAAUAUGUCAAUUUGGUGUUUAUCUUACAACAGUUUGUAGUUCAUUGUCUGUAUGGUUUACAGUUGCAUUUACCACUGAACGUUUUGUUGUUGUUGCUUAUCCAUUAAAACGCUCUCAAUAUAAUUCAUUAAGUCGUUCUCGUUAUGUUAUACUUCUUCUUACAGCUUUAGCAUUUCUUCUUUAUUCAUCAUCAUUAUGGGCAUCAGGUAUUGAAGAAGCUAAACCUGAACGACGAAAUUCUUCUCUACACGAAACACGUUGUGUUACAUUACCAGAAUGGCUUAAAUUUACACGACAUAUGAAUAUAAUAGAUUUUUUUCUUACAUUUAUUAUACCUUUUUUAACAAUUCUUACAUUAAAUACAUUAAUUAUAUUUAAAUCUGGUCAAUAUGAUCGUUUAUUAGAACGUAACUAUAUUCAACCAUCAACAUAUAUAUUACAUAAUUUAUUAGAACAUCGUUUACGUCGUUCAAAAUAUCAUCGACGUAUAACAAAAAUGUUAUUAAUUAUUUCAACAACAUUUUUAUUAUUAAAUACUCCAAUGCAUUUAUUAAAAAUUUAUUAUUUUUUCUUUUCAAUUGAUGAUACAAACGAUUCUACUGAAUCAAUUAUUGAAAUGUUAACAUUUUAUUUGUUUUAUACAAAUUUUUCAAUAAAUUUUUUUCUUUAUUCAUUAUGUGGAAAAAAUUUUCGUUCAUGUCUUAUGGAUUUAAUUCAACAUAUUGGUAAAAAUAAACAAACAACAAGUUUUUUUUCAAAUGUUGGUGAUAAUCCAUUAGUUCAAUAUUAUCAACGUUCACAUGAUACACGUCAUAAUUCACGUUUUUCAAAACGUGAACUUAGUAGUACACUUAGUAGUGGAGGUAUUAAUGGAAAUGCAUUUAUGUCAACAUCAAAUUUAACUACUGCAAUGGCUACAGGUAUUAGUCAACAAACAUUACAUCCAUCAUCAUCAGCAUCAUCAUUUAAAAAAAGUUCAUUAAAAAUUGAAUUACUUACACCAACAGUUGUCAAAUUUUAUCCAACAUUUACUAUUAAAUGA